AAAACCACAGUGCCCAUUCGUGUAGUUUACAAUUUUUUAAAUGAAGCCAUAUUACAUUACAGGCAGCUCAAUAGCUCAUCAGACUAGGCCCUAGCUCAUUCUUAUGAGUUACGAUCGCUUCCAUGCUCCGGAAGCUUAUGGCACGAUGAAAUGCACCUCCUCCAAAUAAUUCUCACGAACCCUACCUCCAUGACAAUCCCCAAAACUCUUUCAAUCUUCUAUCAAUCAAAAUCAGUCUGUUCAAAUUUAUAGUUAGCGGCAAGAACCAAACAAACGAUGUCUCACUUUGGCCGAUCAGGACCACCGGAUAUUUCAGACACCUACUAUCUCCUCAUUCUUAACAUUAGUUUCCGGACGACGGCCGACGAUCUGUUCCCGCUUUUUGAUAAGUACGGAAAGGUUGUUGAUAUUUUCAUCCCCAAAGAUCGAAGGACUGGUGAAUCCCGUGGUUUUGCGUUCGUUCGUUACAAGUAUGCAGAUGAAGCAGAGAAGGCAGUAGAUAGGCUGGACGGAAGAGAAGUUGAUGGCCGAGAAAUCACAGUUCAGUUUGCAAAAUAUGGACCCAACGCAGAAAGAAUUCAUAGAGGAAGGGUGAUUGAGAAGUCCCCCAGGGCUAGAGGCAGGUCCAGAAGUCGUAGUCCUAGACAAAGAUACCAUGAUAAUUAUUAUAGGGACAGGGACAGGGAGUACAGGAGAAAAAGGUAUGAUGAUGAUAGUAGGGAAAGGGGUUAUUACAGGUAUCAUGGAAGAAGCAGGAGUCGUAGCUAUACCCCUCACAAUCACAACAGAGGCCAUGCUGAUGAUGAGUAUUUCAGAAGGAGUCACUCUACUGAAAGGUUUCACAUAUAUUUUCAAUAUACUAUAUGAUUUCUCUUUCUUUUUUGCCUUCUGUUGGUCCCCACACCCGUUCACCAAGCCAUAGUCUUUAUUCAAGGAGCCCAUCACCACCACCACCACGGCAUGUUCAUGAUGAGGAGUGAGUGACAGGUGAUAAAAGGUGUCCUCUUUUGAAUGCAUGCAUGUUGGUAGGAAGGAUCGGAUCCCUCCAUGAUUAUAGUGAUUUGUAGGAGGAGUUAAGAUCGGGAAAAGAAUAAAGAAAGAUAGAUUGGGGUGGAUGGCUGUGAUGAUGAAAAAUGUUACCUGUUGUUCCUUCUUGGGUAUAAUCUCUAGAUUGAGACCAAUGGCUGUGAUGAUGAUGAUGAUGAUAUUGUGACAUGUUGAUGCAGUCAGUGAAUAGUCUGAGAAUGCUCUUUUGCAGGGAAGUGUUGUUACCAUGCCUGCUCUUCUUUACGUUUAAUCAAUAAUUCUGUCUAGUGAUUAAAGUAAUGAAACAUUAUACUUUUUUUCACUGUUUAAAACAACCAUUUUUGCCUGGUUUUUGUAUUAGGGCAAAAUACAGAAAAGCACAAUGCACCUUCACCGUUUUAUCGGUGGAGUGUUAUUAUAAAUAAAUAUAUGGAUAUUUUAGUUUA